CGCUCCUGUCUGUCGAUGGCGAUGCUCUUUCCGCAUGUGUAGAACCUCUUAUUUCCGUAGCCAGAGCGCAUGCGCUGGGAAGGAUACGCUCGCUGUGUCCCCAUGACGCGGUGGCAGCAGACAUCUGAGGAGCUCAGUUUCUAGGUCAAAAUGGCAGUGGAGAAGCGCCUGGCAUUCGCUAUUGUACAGUUUCUACGAGAUCAAACUCAUCGCAGUGCUUUGAAUUCUGAUGAGCAGGAGAGCCUCGAGGUUGCGAUCCAGUGUUUGGAGACUACCUUCAAGAUCAGCUCCAGUGACUGCCAUCUUGCUGUGUCCCAGCCACUUAGAGAAAUAUUCCUCAACGCCCUGCUCAAGAAUGACAACCUCACCGUACCAGAGACCUCCCCAUCUCCUGAAGACAUUGAACGAGCUGAGCAACUUAAAAAUGAAGGGAACAAUCACAUGAAGGAGGAAAACUACAGAUGUGCAGUUGAAUGCUACACAAAGGCUAUAGAUCUGGAUCUAAGAAACGCUGUGUACUAUUGCAACAGGGCUGCAGCUCACAGUAAACUGGGCAAUUACACUGAGGCUAAUGGUGACUGUGAAAGAGCUAUUGGGAUUGAUCCAACAUACAGCAAAGCAUAUGGGAGGAUGGGUUUGGCUUUAACUGCUAUGAACAAGUAUCCAGAGGCAAUUUCAUACUUCAAAAAAGCCCUGGUUCUAGAUCCAGAGAAUGACACAUAUAAAUCCAACCUGAAGAUUGCAGAGCAGAAGCAUAAAGAAGCCUCCAGCCCAAUUGCUGCUGGACUGGGAUUUGACAUGGCUAGUUUAAUCAACAACCCUGCCUUCAUCAGCAUGGCUGCGAGCGUGAUGCAGAACCAACAAGUCCAACAGCUCAUGUCAGGAAUGAUGUCGAAUGCAGUUAGAGGUCCUGCAGCAGGAGUGGGAGGACUGUCAGACAUUUCCAGCUUAAUUGAAGCGGGCCAACAGUUUGCCCAAGAAAUCCAGCAGCAGAACCCAGAGCUCAUCGAGCAGCUAAGGAAUCACAUCAGGAGCCGUUCCUUCAGCGGCAGCGCCGAGGAGCACUCAUGAUUUAUUUGGAAACUCUAUUUGCCUCCAAGGAAGAGCAAGCAUAUGGCGCGAUAACAAUCUCUACACCCAUUUCUUUGAGUCAAAACCCCGGCACAGCUGGAAAGAAGAGACGAGGAUGGGGUCGAAGGCACUUUACUGAAACUAAUGGAGAGGAGAUGAGAGGCUGGAGACUGGACCAUUCAACAAAACACCCCAUACAAGUAAGACAAUACCAUCGACAGGAGCCUAGAUGUCAAUCAGUCCACCAACAGAGUAUCAAGUGAUUAUUUUCUCCAGAUCUUUUACAUUUGGUGGAGAUUGUGUGUUGGAUGUUGUGAAGCUCCUGCCAUCUUCAUGUUCUGAGUUGAGGAUCCAUCUCUCUAUUCAUAAAAUAUUCAGAAAGAUUGGAGGAGGAAUGUACUUUAACUGCAUAGCAGUGAACAUUGCAGCUUUUCAUACAAAUACAACAUCAGGCUUAGUUUGUUUAUAAGGUUUAAUAUUAUUUUUGUAGUCCGAAUCAACUUUUAACUCUGUAUUUGCUUUGUUUGACCAGAAAACAGUGAGCCCUUAAUUAUAUGGGACUCACAUCACUGCUAUUGAAUGCAUACACCUCAUCAUUAAGACAACAAUGUAAUUGUAUUGGCAGUGUUUGCAGCCGGUUCAGUUGGUGACCAACAACAUCUUCCUACUUUUAAUUUCUGCAUGCUCCUAAAUCUGGUAUUUGAGAUAAAAUGCUUUAUGGAAACUAAUAUAAAUGCUAAGGCAGCACUUUCUUUUGUCUUAGUGAGAAAAUAAUAAAUGUCUUAAAACUGAA